AUGACGAGCGGUCGAAUGUCUCAUCGCCCUGAUGGAAACUGCUGGUUCCUUAGAAUAGAUAGCAAUGUCUCACACUACACCCCAAAUUGCGCGGACAAAGUUGCUCCCUUCAGCGAUCUUCUUCAAAAAGAUGUACCAUCUCUCUGGGAAGAGGACCAUCAAGCUUCUUUUACAACCCUUAAACACUCCAUCUCAACGCAGUCCUGGCUACGAUUCUCCGACACACAGCGUUUUAAGCUACAAGGAUACAACUUCGACGAUGUCUACAAACCUGGUGCUAUGAUGGUGAUCGCAGAUGCACCCGGCAGAUUGCCCAACCCCUCCAAGCUCGACAACGAGACAUUCAAAAAUAUCAAGAGUGGAACCAUCUUCCUGGAGCGAGGUAACCCUGGCAUCGUGUCCUGCCCUCCUGUCGCAUCCGGACGAAUCCCGCUGGAUCAGAUCGAAGCCAUGUUCUGGUACUUCCCCCGAGUCCGACCUACAAACCUCCUGAUCUUCUACUUCAAAGGGAACGUCGCUCCACAAAACGGCAUCCCAGAGGGCGUGUAUGACAUCAACAAAGACGUCGCUCUGGUUAUUGAGAAUGUCACCGACUCAGAUGAAGGUACCUACUACUGUAAGGUCGCACCGAAAAUGAAAAUGAUAGUUGAUGGUCACAUGGAUAUGCGUGUCAAAGUAUCCCCCAAGAAGCCGUUUCCCGAAGUAACUCAAUGCACUACAUGCAUAUCUGAGUCAGAAUGUAAGGUACAGUUGCCGAACGACAUCAAGAAACCAAGGCUGACCUGCAUCGUACGGGAUACCAAGCCUGCCGUGGCUCUCCGAUGGCUGCUUGAGUAUAGUGACGGCGACACACAGUUCAUCAGCGAUAAGUUUACCGUACAUCCGAGUGAGUAUUCGGUGAACACUUUCACUACUUCAGCAUCAAUCCCAAUUAUAACGAGUAAUGUGGACACGAUGUACAGAUGUCAAGCGAACGGGGAGGCUCUAAGCGCCAGGAGUGAUAGCUACGUGACGGUGACUGUCACCACAGCUCGUCGUACCCCGCAAACACCACAUGUCACAUCACUUAAACCUACAAUAACUAGCAUGGAGGCUACGUUUAGCGAGGAUCAUACCGUUAAGGACACUCCAGAUGGCUCUCAAAAUACCCCCAUUUGGUUUAUCGUCGUUGUUUGCCUGUUGCUCACUGCCAUCGUUGGUUUGGGCAUUGUUGUGUGCAAGGUAAAUUGGAGCAUCCUCCCGAUCACGUAG